GGCAUGCGACCAUCUGUCUGGCGCGCGGAGGGAGCACGCGCGAGUUAGCGUACCCAUUACCAGAUGUUUCGGCAGCUGCGUGACGAGCAUCUACGGCCGUACAAGCCAUAAAUAGUAUCAGAAUAUCUAGGCAAGGGGUUAUUGCUCCGUAAUUUCUGAACUGGAGGAAACAGAACGUGUUUUUCAGAGAAUUUCCGCAAAAAUGACGGAAGAUUCCUUAGAGCAAUCGGCGAACUCGGAAUUUGAAGCGAGAAAAUACACCAAUGCUUUAGAGAAGUAUUCAUCUCUGAUCGCCGGGGAUUCCGAGUGUUCCAAAUACUACCUUAAAAGAGGGCAAUGUUACCUCAACAGUAAAAAGUUUGAAGAGGCGCUACAAGAUGCAAAACAGGUUCUAUCGAUGGAGGAGAGGAGCAUGGAGCUCGCCAUGCUGGGGGGAAAGGCCGCCACCCAACUCCAGAUGUUUGACGACGCAUACGCAUUUUACAAAAUCGGUGUAGAGUUGGACAACACUGACCAGCAUUUGAUAGAGGGGCUGAGGAACCUCCAAAGUGCCAUACUGGACGAGUACGAACUGGAGGGCGGGGAAGAUGAGGACAAGGGUUACUCCGCCGUGGACUUCUGCUCCCAGGAUCCGUAUCCAGGAGACGACAAGCUGAUACAGAUAGAGCAGGGAAUUCUAGACAUCAAGUACAGCAUCCAGGACACCAUUCCGUGGAAGGAUUACGAGGAUGGCGGCGAAUUCAAGGACCAGGCCGCGGAGGCCGCCAUAGAGGCACACAAUCUGAUGGUAGCUGGAAAACUGGAAGAGGCCGCGCAGAAGUUUACCUUCGCCAUAGAGACGGAACCAUGCAACGCCAUAUUGAGACGUCUGAGAUCUGAGGCCUACUACCUUAUGGAUGACAAAAUCAAUGCUCUUAGGGACUUGUGGGUAAUCCCCAAAAAUCAAAGGCGGUUGGAAGUAUGGCGACUAGGUGGCCAAAUCAUGCAGGAUCUAAACUUGCCAAUACAUGCUGAACUUUGGUUCAAGACAGCUACAAGACUUACGAGUAGUAAAGACGAGGGUGUCAGAGUCCUGUUCCAGCGAACACGUGUCCAGAGGUUAUAUGCUCCAAUCUGUAGGGAACUGUCUGUCGGUGUGGAGUUUUCAGACUUUGGGAAGUGUGUCGUGACGGUAAAACCCAUCAAAGAAGGUGAUGAGCUGUUCACGGAAAAGCCGCUGAUUAUGGGUCAGGUAAUGGACAAGAGCAAUGAUUUUAUGUUGUCGUGUGACAAUUGUGCUGCCUCAAUCCUCACAGCAGACGACUAUUUUGGAAGCAACUUAGAAAGUUUAGAGCUUGACUUGAAGGAAUUGAUUAAUGAGUGUUGGCCUGAUAUUCCAUCUGUCACUUGUGAUAAGUGUCAGAAAGUCAAAUAUUGCAGUGAAGAAUGCCGAAAGCAAGCAUGGGUCAGUCACCACGAGCUCAUUUGUCCUUCUAGAAAUGAAGCCACGAAAACACUUCACGAAAUAUCGCAGAAUCUAGGACACGGCCUCGCUCAAGAUGGCGUUAAGAAAAACUUGUGGGAUGCUCAUUUCAGUCCUUUGUUUCUUGCAAGAAUAUGGUCCAGCAUUAUAUUGGCAGCAAAACACAUGAUGGAGGAAAAUGGCGAUACAACACCAACAGCAGAACAUUGGGCAAAAGCCAGGGGACCGUUCAGAAAAUUCAUGGCCUUUGGUAACUCUUCCGCGGCUGAGAGUAUGCCGACCAUUUUGAACCUCAUGCGUGAGGUCUUCAAAGAUUGUGGUAACGGCGUUCAGUACAAGAUCACCGACAACGAAUUCAAUGGCCGAUACUACCAAGCUGUGUGUAACCUCCAGACAUUCUCUUCACCCAUUACGCCAUACCACCGCUUCAUGACACAGGUGGCUAAACUAAACGCGGAGGACACGAGAGGGUUACGAAUGUUGAAAUACCUGCAGGUGGCGCCACAUCUUAACACUUACUGUGGCUUGUUUCAACUGCAGUCCUGCCUCAACCACUCCUGUCACAACAACGUAGAAGUUAGAGAUGCUGAGAUUGAAGGUUACGGUGGGGUCAAGGUGAUUGCUAAAACUGAUGUCAAGGAAGGGGAUGAACUUUUUACGACAUACAUUGAUACCACCAUGCCGAGGAGAUUGCGACGGGCGUGGCUUUUCCGGUCAUUUAACUUUUGGUGCCACUGUAAGCGUUGCGAAUUUGAAGGAGAUGGGCCAGAAUCAUGCACGGAGUGCAAAAAAAGGGCAGACAACAGAACGCCAUUUCCCGCCUGUGGUCAGUGUCACAGGGCUUGGUAUUGCUCCGUCCCCUGCCAGAAGUCGGCAUGGCGUAGGGGACAUAAAAAGAUCUGCAGAAAAACGCACUUAAAAUCAAUCACUACUAACCAGGAAUCGGUGGAAUAAACAGUUUGCAAUGGACCUGUCCUUUCAGAAUACAUGACUAGAAUCUUCUUCAAGUCGAUAUGAGAUACACUACUUAAUAAUUAUUUAUAUUACAAAAACGUUAAAUUACUUGCUCUGUUGGGGAAAUACUGAAUCAAUAAAUAAUGUAAAUAUCAUAACAAA